AUGGCACAUGAAGUUGCCAACCACCGUCUCCUCCUCUGUCUCCUCUCCUGUCUCCUCCUCCUCCUCUCUUUCUCCGCCGCCGAUGAUGCCGCCGUCAUGUCUAAGCUCGCCGCCUCCAUCUCACCCGCCCCAUCAAGCUGGACAGGCACUGAUUUCUGUUCAUGGAAUGGAAUCAACUGUGACAACUCCAAUCCCAAACGUGUCACCGCCAUUAAUCUCGCUUCCAAAUCUCUCACCGGAAACCUCCCUUCCGACCUGAACCAGCUCUCCCAACUCAAAACCCUCGCCCUACAAAGCAACUUCCUCUCCGGCGAUUUACCUACCUUAGCGAAUCUGACUUUCCUCGAAUCAGUGUUCCUCGAUGGCAAUAACUUCACUUCUAUCCCAUCGGAUUUCUUUCUGGGUCUGACGAAUCUACAGAGUUUUAGCAUUUCAGACAACUUAGAUCUGUCUUUUUGGGUUCUUCCCAAUCAUCUCAUAGAUAGCAGCAAUCUGCAGACGUUUCAGGCGAGUAACGCGAAGAUAAUGGGAUUCAUCCCGGACAUCUUUGAUAGUUUCCCUAAUUUGCAGAAUCUCCGACUGUCUUACAACAAUCUCACCGGAAACCUACCGAAGAGUUUUGGGGGUUCCGAAAUCCAGAAUCUAUGGCUCAACAAUCAAGAAAGUGGACUUUCUGGUACGCUUGAUGUGCUUUCGUCAAUGACACAACUUUCUCAAGUAUGGCUACAAGCUAACGCAUUCACCGGUGCUAUUCCGGAUCUCUCGAAAUGCACUAAUCUAAACGAUUUACAACUCCGGGAUAAUCAGUUCACCGGAAUCGUUCCUCCGUCGCUGAUGUCUCUUCCCCAAUUAUCAAAGAUUUCACUACGAAACAAUAAGUUGCAAGGUCCAUUGCCUGUGUUUGGCUCUAAUGUCACCGCCGAUAUCACUUCCAAUAGCUUCUGUUCACCUAAUCCGGGACCAUGUGAUCCACAAGUAACGGCGCUCCUCGAGGUCGCCGGAGCAGUUGGAUAUCCGAUGUCGUUAGCGGAAUCUUGGCAAGGAAACAACGCCUGCGACAGCUGGAGCUUCGUUACCUGUGAUUCUUCCGGGAAGAAUGUCACCUCCCGUGAGCUUAUCCAGGCAGAAACUUUCAGUUUAUCAUUAAACGAUAACAAUCUCGUUGGCAUUAUUCCUUCAAACUUAACAUCCUUGCCGAAUCUGCAACUUCUUGAUCUAUCCAACAACAAUCUCUCCGGUGCUAUACCAUCAUUCCCACAAAACGGAAUAAAGUUUUCACAUGAUGGCAAUCCAUUAUUAGGUCAAGACGUUCCAAUUGGACCUCCGGGCCCACCUGGAUCUACACCGAGCUCCACCGAUCCCGGUAAAAACCCAUCUGGCUCCUCAAAAGGGUCCCCCGUCUCCGGCGGUAUGAUCGCCGGAAUCGUCAUCGGCGUUCUUGUCUUUCUCGCAAUCGUAUUCUUUGUUUUCUUCAAGUGUUGCGCGAAGAAGAAACACCAAAAGUUCGGUCGUGUUGAGAACCCAGAAAUCGGUCAAGAAUUGAUGAAACCAAGCGUCAUCGGAACCAGUUCAAACGGAUUCAAUGGCGGAUUUAGCGAGUUGCAGAGCCAGAGCUCCGGCGACCAUAGUGAAAUGCAUGUUUUCGAAGGGGGUAAUGUCGUAAUUUCAAUUCAAGUUCUCCGACAAGUCACUGACAAUUUCAGUGAAGAUAACAUACUAGGAAGAGGUGGAUUUGGGGUCGUUUACAAAGGGGAAUUACACGAUGGAACAAAAAUUGCAGUCAAAAGAAUGGAAUCGGGUGUUAUGGGAACAAAAGGGUUAAACGAAUUCCAAGCUGAAAUUGCGGUUCUCACUAAGGUUAGGCAUAGACAUUUAGUGGCGCUUCUUGGGUAUUGUAUCAAUGGAAAUGAGCGACUUUUGGUGUAUGAGUAUAUGCCACAAGGGACUUUAAGUCAACAUUUGUUUGAAUGGAGUGAACAUAAGACACCUCCACUUAGUUGGAAACAAAGGGUUUCGAUUGCUUUAGAUGUGGGAAGAGGGGUUGAGUAUUUGCAUAGUUUGGCACAACAAAGUUUUAUUCAUAGAGAUUUGAAACCUUCGAAUAUUCUUCUUGGUGAUGAUAUGAGGGCUAAAGUUGCGGAUUUUGGUUUGGUUAAGAAUGCACCGGAUGGGAAGUAUUCGGUUGAGACAAGACUUGCGGGGACUUUCGGUUAUCUUGCACCCGAGUAUGCUGCAACCGGAAGAGUGACAACAAAAGUGGAUGUUUUCGCAUUUGGAGUCGUGUUAAUGGAGUUAAUAACGGGCCGAAAAGCCCUAGACGAAACCAUGCCCGAUGAGCGGUGUCAUUUGGUGACAUGGUUCCGAAGAGUCCUCAUCUCAAAAGAAAACAUGCUAAAAGCCAUUGACCAAACCCUAGAAACCGAAGACGAAGAAACACUAGAUAGCAUUUCAAAAGUAGCAGAGCUCGCGGGCCACUGUACGGCCCGCGAGCCCUUCCAGAGACCCGACAUGGGUCACGCAGUGAACGUGUUGGGUCCUCUGGUCGAGCAGUGGAAACCUUCUCGACCAGAGGAAGAGGAUGGCUAUGGAAUCGACCUCCAUAUGAGCCUUCCUCAAGCCCUUCAAAGAUGGCAAGCCGAUGAGGGCACUUCUAGAACAUUUGAUAUGUCUUUUAGUCAAACGCAAUCGAGUAUUCCCUCUAAGCCUUCGGGAUUUGCCGACUCUUUUGACUCGAUGGAUUGCCGAUGAAUCCAAUACACAGAUAUAUUUCGUGAUAUUUUUUCAUUUUUUAUGGGUAAGAUUGAAAUUGAAAAGUAUGUUGUUAACUUGUUAUUAUUGUUUGCAAUGGUAGUGCUCAAAUGAUGCAUUAGAUAGUUGUACCUUAUGCAGAAGCAUGCACUACGAUUUGUUUGUUGCUUAAAAUGUAUAAUAGACCAUGUCGCUUUUACAUUUCCAAGUUCUUAAUCUCAUCAAAUAUAGUAUGAGAAUUUUAAUGUUAAUAUGGAU